CCGCGCAGGCGCACUGCGUUCACAGGUGGUCGUGUCUUCACACGGCAGAGAAGCUCCAGCCCAACGCAUUUCAUUUUGAACAGUCACGAUUACUAAAGGCUUGAUUCAUUAAAUACUUCUUAAAAUGGGAUAACCAGAGUGCCGAAAGAAACAGAACUUCUCAGUGUCAGAGGGAAUGAUAAAGCCUUCAGACAUGAGUCCGCGCCGAUUGUCAGAUAUCAGUCCUGAGAUCAGACAGCUGAAAUCACUCGUCAUUGAUGAAGAACUAAAUGAAGAAUUGAAGUCAUCGAGAUCGGUCGAGUACAUCAACAACGCAUCCAUUGAAGAGCGGAUUCUGAGGAUCACUGGUUACUAUGGCUAUGUGCCCUGGAACGCAUCUCUCAGAGAGGAGGACCAGUCUGGCGGCGAGAAGGCGGAAGUGAAGAUAGAUGGCCAUUCGGCUACAGAAACAGUCAAAUCAGGUUGUGUGAACAGGCUGCAGAGGCUCCGCUGCUGUUUGUGUACGACUGCAGUCCUCCUGCGCAAAGCACUGUGGGGUGUCGCAAUGGUCAUCUGCAUCUGCGCGUCUUGGACAGGCUGCACUCAGUUGGCCAAAGUAACCAUCAGACGCUUGAAUGUCCCGUUCACCCUCACUUGGUUCUCUACCUCUUGGAACUGUGCCAUCUUCCCUCUUUACUACCUGGGUCACCUGUGCUGUAGCAAGGACAGACAGAGCCCCAAACAGCGCUUCAGAGAGUGUUGUCAGUUCUUGGGAGAUGACGGGCUGUCACUGAGGAUGCUGCUCUCUCGCGUGGCUCCUUUUGGAGUGCUGUGGACUCUCACCAGCUACCUGUACCUGCAAGGCCUUCGCAGAAUCCCCGCCACUGAUGCCUGUGCGCUCUUCUGCUGUAGCCGUGCCUUUGUCUUUCUAAUAUCCUGGAUUGUCUUGCGGGAUCGCUUCAUGGGGGUGCGGAUUGUAGCGGCCAUUUUAGCCAUUGGGGGUAUUGUUAUGAUGACAUAUGCCGAUGGUUUCCACAGCCAUUCUGUGAUUGGCAUCUCCCUUGUGGUUGCGUCUGCAUCGACAGCAGCUAUAUACAAAGUUCUGUUCAAGCUUGUUCUGGGUAAUGCAAAGCUGGGUGAAGCAGCGGUGUAUCUUACAGUCCUCGGCGGAGCUAAUUUGGUCUUCAUUAGCGCCGUACCUCUGAUCCUGCUUCUCACGGGGGCCGAGGACUUUGUUUCACCUAGAGAUUUGCCAUGGCCAAGCAUCUGUGGCAUGUCCGCUCUUCUGCUGGUGUUCAACUUCCUCUUGAAUUUUGGUGUUCUGGUAACACUUCCUACUUUGAUUUCUCUGGGAGUUGUCCUCAGUGUGCCUGUCAACGCUGCAGAUUUAUGAAGCAGACUGGACGAUUAACACUAUCUGGAAACAAACUCUCGUGCUGACGGGCGUGAUUCCCACAUACAGCGCCUUCUGCCAAAAGUAAGUGGUGUGAAUAAAUAACAUGGAUUGACCCAGAGCUUACACUGAUGAGACCCUGUAACAUCUCGUCAUAACAUAACAGUAUUUUUAUCCUCACUGUAGUCUUUUAGCUAGCAGUCAUUCAAGACAUACAGUAACAAAAGCUUUUCCAUUGAGUGCACAUUUCCCAUUCAUCCGUGUGUAAUGCUUUUCUUUGCUAGGUAAUACAAUAAAUUGUGCCUUUCUUGCCACUUUACUAAUCUAAUGAAGUACAUUUGAAAGCAAUCAGACUGUUUUUAUGUGAGAGCCAAGAAGCCUCUUUAGAUAACACAUUAUGUGGUUCAUUCAGUCUUAGAGACUGAGAAAUGAGCCAACUGAAAGCGUCUGGUUUAGCGGUUUAUAAAACUUGCACUCAGAAUUUCCAUAAGAGAGAAUAGCUUUUGUCACACCCAUACUUGAAGCGCGUGCCAGUGUGAUCAUGUGGUUAACAUGGGCUUGUCGGCACAAACACGUCUGAGAAGGACAGAUUCCCAGCAGAUGUCUUCCACCUUCUUUGAAAGAGAGACAUGCCAAUGCAAUUCAGUGUUCUUCUUUAGUGUUAUGGUUUUGGAAAGUUAAGAUCUGAGCUUUGAUCUCCUUAAUAAACCAAGAUAAGAAUGUUUUUGUCAUAACAGGAAAUGCCUAAUUAUUUCAUCCAUUAUUUGUUGUUUUUAGGAGACUGUGUAAAGUUCUACACAACUGCACACCAUCUCAUUUCCUCUGUGUAUUAAAUGAAGUAACCUUGUGAGGUAAACAUUUCAGCACCUAAGAAAUAUUCAGGACCGUCAUCCUCCAAGGGUUUGUUCAGUUCGAAAAGGAUGUUUAUUUCAACUGCUCUGAGCUGUUUUGGGGUUAGAGGAAGUGAGCGUGUCUGAGUGAGUUGUGAAAUGACUAAUGACUACAGAACAUCCCAUAUAGUUUUAAAACUAGUAUUUCAUUAUGAACAAUAGUCUCCAAAGAUGUAUUGCUAAUAUAAAGGUUUAAAUAUUUUGCCAUUUUUUUUUACAUAAAUGUCAAUCUAAAUUGUCACGUUGAGGGUUUUGUGUCUUGUCUGUGUAAUCCAUCAUGUUUGCCCUGUGUCUUGGUUUAGUAUCGAAUGUUUCUUGUCCAGGGUCUUGUCUUUGUUUUGGGUUUCUAGGGUUCCUGUUCCUGGUUCAUACCUUGCCAUGCCUUUGAUUUAUGUUUGAUUAUGUUUUGAAGUAAAGUUGCAUUUGGGUUCUCAACCAGGGCCCUGUACCAUGACGGUAGUUGAACAAACUGGGUUACAGGAUUAGUUUUGAGUUGACAAACCCAAACCAAUCCAACCAGGCUUUGUUGGUACCAUGAUGUUGACCAUCAACUUUCUAUGUCAACUCAGGCUUUGAUUCUGAGUUUUGGUGUGAGAAGUAGUGAACAACCAAUCGCAUGCUGAGAAAGAGUGAAACUGAAAUUCAUUUCUCGCGAGAGAAGCAGCGUGAUUCACUUCUCUCCUCUGCAGAAUAUGAGAUUGAAAAAUAUAAAGAAUUUAAACAAAGGGAGUCAUGGGA